AACCAAGAUUCUGCUGAGUUGUGAGGGAGUAGCUCUAGAAAUACAGCAGUUUUACAUCAUAUCUCUUGGGCGUAUGUUUGUGUCAGCAAGAAAGGCACGAUUGAGGGCUUCCACUUCCGAGUUCAGUGGCCAUGAUUCAUUCUAACAUUCUUCAAAAUCAGAUUGUUACAAGGCUGAAACUGGGACGUGAGGAGUUUCUGCACAAGCUACUCAACAACAGAAGAUGGACAUUGCCAACUCCUGAAACCAAAAUUCACCAACUGCUACACACACAAGGCCCUAAUUUUCUGUUGAACACCCACCCACCUUUCGGUGAUGCCAACCCUGUGAGUAAAGAAAGGAACUACUUUUACGUUGUUCGGGAUGAUUUGUUGCACCCACUUGUUAAUGGCAACAAAGCAAGAAAACUUGAUGGAUUACUUCCUCUCCUUCAACGUUAUUCUGUCACUGAUGUGUCUUAUAGGUAUAGGGUAUUUCGCUUGCAAUCUUCUCAGUUGUUGCAAGUUACAUGUGGAGGUUGUCAGAGUGCUCACACAGCUGCUGUUGCGGUUCUGUGUGCUGAGAGAGGAAUUGUGUCACAUCUGCUUCUACGAGGAGAGCAACCUGAAAUUUUGACUGGCUAUAAUUUGAUGUCUUCUAUGUAUGGGAAUGUUACAUAUGUUCCAAGAACUAUUUAUGCGAAUAGGGAAGAGAUGCUAAAGAGCUAUGCUGAGUCAGUGGCUGGUAACAAUGGUUCUGUCCUAUGGCUUGGUGAUAUCAUUGAACCUUCUUCGGCAACUGAAUUGUCUACUUCUCCGAAUUUCAUGCAAAUGGAUGUGAGUAGAAGUGAGGGAAACCAUCGACGAAAUAUUUUAGUUGUCAAAGAAGGUGCUGGUGAUUCUGUUGCUCUACUAGGUGUUAUUCGCUUAGUGGAAUACUUAUCACAGAAUCAUUUACUUGGAAAAGAAAGGCCCAUGAAAUUUGUUGUAGAUGCUGGUACUGGCACAACGGCUAUUGGUUUAGGACUUGCAGCUCAUUGUUUAGGGCUCCCAUGGGAGGUAUAUGCUGUCAUGCUGGCUGACAAAAUUGAAGGAUACAGAAAACAGGAGAUGCAUUUGAUUUCUGAAUUUAAGAAGCAUUUUAACAUUGAGUUUAUUGACGAAAUUGUAUAUAGAGAAGAUGCUGGGAUUGUGAAUUGGGUGGAACGUGGUCGUCCAAGAAAGUUUGGUAAUGUUUUGGAGGGAGAAGUGGAAACGUGUCAACAAAUUGCCCAACAAACUGGAAUUUUGGUGGAUCCUGUGUAUACAUUAGCUGCUUGGGAAACAGCAAUGCUUCUCUCCAGUAACGAUGCUGAAGAACCAGAAGUGGUGAUGCUUCACACUGGAGGCACAUUGGGUAUGUUUGGACUAGCACAGAGGUACAAAAAUUAUUUUGGAAUGCUGAAAAAAGGGGUGUUGUAAUUUAGAUGACAGGUUGAGAUGCUUUAUUUUGGCACAGAGCUACUCUAUUUCAUUUUCAGAAAAAAAAUGUAUUAAAAAAGUGUGGUUAAUUUUAAUUCUAAUUCAAUCUUAAAUAAAGUAAAAUUAUAAUA